UCUCUUUCUCCCUCUCUAGAAAAGUCGCCAACAAAUUCCCUCUCUCUCUGUCUCUCUAUAUUUGCCGUUGUUUACUCGGCGAAUUUCUAAUUUGUUUUAUUUUUUUUAUUUUACACCAAAAUUCUUUUUUGAUUUAUUAAUAUUAUUAUUUUCCGUUACAGUCUCCAAGAUCGGUUAAAAUUAUUGUCAGAUGCAUUUAUGACCGUCCGAUCUACCUCGUGAUCCGUGACGUCAAAAUACAAUUGUUACUGAUUUUGCUGAAAGAGGUGCAUGCAGGUAUAUUGAUGCCUUUUUGCCCUAUUUUGACCAAUCGAUCUGAAGUCUGAUUUUUUGCGGCGGCGCAUUGAUUCUUCGUUGACGGAGCGUAGAUGUCGGGGCCACUCGAUCGAUUCGCGAGGCCGUGCUUUGAGGGGCUUUCAAGUAGUGAUGAGAGGAGAGAGAGGAAAUCUGACUUCGAAAACUCCGAAGAUGAAAGGCGCACAAGAAUUGGAUCCUUGAAAAAGAAAGCAAUAAAUGCAUCUACUAGAUUUAAGCAUUCUCUCAAAAAGAAGAGUAGUAGAAGGAAAAGUGAUGGUCGUGUUAGCUCUGUAUCCAUCGAGGAUGUUCGCGAUAUUGAGGAGCUACGGGCUGUUGAUCAAUUUCGGCAAGCGCUGAUUUUGGAGGAACUGCUUCCAGAGAGAUUCGAUGACUAUCACAUGACGUUGAGGUUCUUGAAAGCAAGGAAGUUUGAUAUAGAUAAAGCUAAGCAUAUGUGGGCAGAUAUGCUCCAAUGGAGAGAGGAGUUUGGUGCUGACACCGUGAUAGAGGAUUUUGAGUUCAAGGAGUUGAAUGAGGUUUUAAAGUAUUACCCUCAUGGUCAUCAUGGUGUUGAUAAGGAGGGAAGACCUGUUUAUAUUGAAAGAUUGGGAAAAGUUGAUCCCAACAAACUCAUGCAAGUUACAACUAUGGAUCGGUAUGUAAAAUACCAUGUCCGGGAGUUUGAGAAGGCCUUCUCUGUGAAGUUUCCUGCAUGUACAAUUGCUGCAAAGAGGCACAUAGAUUCUAGCACAACUAUUUUAGAUGUUCAUGGUGUGGGCUUUAAGAAUUUUACUAAGUCUGCAAGAGACCUGAUUAUGCGACUGCAAAAGAUUGAUGGUGACAAUUACCCUGAGACUCUUCACCAAAUGUUUAUCAUCAAUGCUGGGCCUGGGUUUAGGCUGCUUUGGAACACUGUGAAGACAUUUCUAGAUCCCAAAACAACUUCCAAGAUUCAUGUUCUUGGGAACAAGUACCAGAGCAAAUUGCUUGAGAUUAUUGAAGCCAGUGAGUUACCAGAAUUUCUGGGUGGUAGCUGUACAUGUGCGGAUCAGGGAGGUUGCCUUCGGUCUGAUAAGGGGCCUUGGAAAAAUCCAGAAAUAUUGAAGAUGGUUCUUAAUGGUGAGGCACGGCGUGCCAGACAAGUCGUAAAAGUUUUGAAUAGUGAUGGGAAGGUUAUUGCUUAUGCUAAGCCAUCAUAUCCAAUGCAGCUGAAAGGCAGCGAUACAUCCACUGCUGAAUCUGGAUCAGAAGCUGAAGAUAUUGCAUCCCCUAAAGCAAUGAAGAGCUAUUCUCAACUUCGGCUGACCCCUGUUCGUGAAGAAGCCAAGGUUGUUGGGAAAACAAGCUACGCUGGUAACUUCUCAGGUUAUGAUGAAUAUGUUCCCAUGGUCGACAAAGCUGUUGAUUCUAGUUGGAAGAAGCAAACCUCCCUCCAGAGGCCUUUUGCUUCCAAAGGUACAUUAACGUUGCCUGAAAGUCCUAAGACCCCAGAAGGAAUUCGAGCUCGAAUUUUCCUGACUGUUAUGGCUUUCUUCAUGACACUUUACACUCUCUUCCGCUCAGUAGCGUGCCAUAUUACUAGAAAGCUUCCUAACACAGUUUCUGAUCAUUGUCAAAAUGUUAUUGAACUUACCCCUGAUGCAACUCAAAAGGAAGAGUUUCGCCCCCCUUCUCCAACCCCUCCUUUUACUCGGGCAGAUCUUCUAUCUUCUGUGCACAAGAGGUUGAGUGAGCUUGAGGAGAAAGUUGAUACACUACAAGCGAAGCCAUCUGAGAUGCCUUGCGAGAAAGAGGAGUUGUUGAAUGCCGCUGUAUGUCGUGUUGAUGCCCUAGAAGCAGAGCUAAUUGCUACCAAGAAGGCUCUUCAUGAAGCUUUGAUGAGGCAAGAAGAAUUGCUUGCUUACAUAGACAGUCAAGAGGAAGCCAAACUGCGGAAAAAGAAGUUUUGCUGGUGAUAUGCUUUGCUGAUGGAGAGACUACAAAAUUACUUACUGUUUUGAGUUCCUUGCUGAUCGUGCAAUGUAAUUGUCUAUCUUAGCACGAUUCCUAUUGCCCAUAAAUGCACAAGAACCAUAAUGGAACUGUCUUUCGGUGGGCUCAUUUCAUUUCCCUUCUCGGUUUGCAUGUAAUGUUUGAAAUUGCUGCACUUAAGUAAAAGCGUUUUCACAUA